AUGGAUAAGACGGUCCUGAUUAGUACUGGUUCAGUAUUGUACCCAAAUGUCGCUUGUGAUAGAAUCGAGAGACCAAAGGCAUCAGAUGAAGCUGCACAAAUAGUGUGGUAUCAAGCUCCCUCAACCAAAUAA